GUUGGAGAGUAAACAAGAUUGUACACAUACAGUAUAUAUAAACGGAGACAAAGUGCUGGCUCCUCCACACAGAGAGGCAAAUCAGUGCUAAAGCAUCCAGUGAUACUUCUCAGACACAGAGCUGUUUGGCGUCCCUGGUGUCCGACAAUUCGUCCAGAGGGUCCCUGUCAACCAACCGCCAGCAUGCUCUGUUUCAUACUACUCCUGGCUGCACUUAUCCUGCCAACAGGUACUGAUGCAACAAACCAGACAUUUACCAAUUCUGGGGAGAUGAACAUCACCUCGUGCCCAAUCACCUAUUAUGGCCAGAAAUAUUACAAAGUUUAUGUGGCCUUCAAUGCUAACAUAUUUGCAGUUUGCUUCAAUGGCUCAUACAAGCCUGGGAUCAAAAAUGACUGCAUUUUGAUGUCUGGGGGGUCAGCUGACAGAGGUGACCUGGCAGUUCUGACAAAAGAAAUACCCACUGGCUCCGGGAUUCAUAAGCUUCUGCCAGACAUUAAGAAUGCUGGGAAAUGUGUGAACAUAAUACCUUUAAAAGACAGUCAACAAUCUCAAAUUGAACAAGUUGAACUUGGAAACUUUGGGACACAAGCAAUUCUGGGGAUCAAGACAUAUGCUGGAUACACCAAUGUUGAUGUUGAGGCAGAUUCACAAGUCAAUGGCCUUACAGUUUUUAAACAGAAAUUCCACACUAAUGAAACAAAUAAGGGUGUCCUAACAGACGUGAGUGGAUGCAGACUCUCAGGUUUUGUUUAUAAGACAAAUACGACAGUUAAGGACCCAAACAUCUGCUCUACUGUAAACUGUAAUGUAAGUGGAGUUGCUACUGCUGUCAGUGAUUGUGGCCCCAUGGAGCUUUGCCAGGGAAAUGGAAGUUGCAUCUUGAACACCAUGUGUACUGUGACCGGCUCCACUGUCAUUGAUUUCAUUGGCAGAGUCCACUCUGUCCCGGACAGGUGUGGGUACACUCUGAUGAAGCCCUCAUCAAUCCCAGACUUUCAGGUGCUGGGGGUUUUCCAGGAAAGACGCCGUAAAGAUGUUAGUUUUUUGGACAGUGUGAUACUGCAGUUGGGCACAGAAGGUGUUCAGAUUUUCCUGGAACAAGGUGGCAGAGUUCAGCUGAAUGACAGCGUGUUGAAUCUCAACGCCACAGCUCAGGUGGUCCACGGUGUGGAGCUCUCAAAGGACCAGACAGGAGUGACUGCUAAGAUAUCAGCUUCCAACCACACAGUUUCUGUCCACUUUGAUGGCCACACCACAUUAAUCCACAUGACAGGACCAAGUGCAGCAUCCGUGCAGGGUUUAUGUGGUAAUUACAACAGGUCUGUUAGUGAAGAGCAGGUCUCUAAACACAGUGCCAGCGGCUGUGAGAUGCAGUAUAAUGAUACUGCUGAUAGUACAAUCAACUGCAACACUACAACUGAAUGGUGUAAUAUCCUGAAGCACCCACCCUUCACUACUUGCAACAUCAACCCAGAGCCCUUCAUAACUGCUUGCACACGCACUUUGUGCAAAUACCCUACAGUGGAUGGUCUCAAGUGCCAGUUCUUGGAGGCCUACGCCAGGGCCUGCAGCCAGCAAAACAAUGUCACGGUGGAGAACUGGAGGUCAAACACCAACUGCGCUGCUGUCCCUCAGGCCUUCUGUCAGGACAGGUUCUGCAGUGCUCAUGAGUUCUGUGGUGAGAAGAACUAUGGUGGGGAACCUCACUGCCUCUGUCGGGCCAUUUUUGCCUCCAAGUACAGAUCAAUGAGCACUUUUGGUGAGCCGACGGUCUGCGGGCAGACAUCUGCUUCGGUAAUUCUGGCUAAUUGUCUCUUGGAGGAGCAAAGCAUCAACUACUCCGUCUUACACCUCAAUGACCAGGCCUGCAAAGGUGAAAUGGACAACCUGACCCACAUGGUGACGUUCACCUUCGACAGUAGCAGCAACACUUGCGGUGCAGUGGUCAUGGUAAACAAAACCCACAUUACCUACAAGAACACCAUCAUGACACAGAACUUCUCCACGUUUGGCUUUAUCAACCGUAACGCCAAAGUGCAUAUGGACUUCUCCUGUUAUUACAGUCAGCCGAAUAUCAGUAACUUGGCCAUCAAACUAAAACACAGCGCUGUGAUCCAGCAGAUUACUUCUGGAGAAUGGAAUUACAAUCUGACCAUGAAGGCUUACACAGACUCCGAGCGCUUGGAAGCUAUCGAGCCAGGCACCGACAUUCAACUGGAUGAGACAAUCUGGGUGGAGUUGAAGACAGACGGGCUGGAUGAAAACUUGGUCCUUUUGGUGACUGACUCUUGCUGGGCAACUGAUCAGCCUUCGCCAAAUGGAACCCUGAGAUAUAACAUCAUCAUCAAUGGCUGUCCUAACCCUGCUGACCAGACGGUGAAAGCAGAGGGCAAUGGACUGAGAACGUCCAACUACUUCGCUUUCAACUCAUUCCAGUUCUCUGGCAAGACUGGUGACGUCUACCUGCACUGCAAAGUUGAGCUGUGUGUCAGGCAGGGUAACACCUGUGCACCGAGCUGCAGCCAGGCUGAAAGAAGGCGCAGAUCUGCCAUGUCAAAAUCUGAGGAUGAAAACCCUGUAUUCAUCACCAUGGCCUGGACUUCUUAGGUUUCCAUAAAGAUUUGGACUGACCAACGAGCCCAAGACCCAAGAUGAUUCCUGGUUGGCUUUGUCCUAAUGAAGAGCCUGGGAUCAGUUAUCACUGCUAUUAAUAUUUGCUAGCACAUAUAGUCGUACAUACACACACACACACACACACACACACACACACACACACACACACACUUAUCUUUCUCUGGCAGUAAUUGUGUUUGACCUUUUUUUGGGUUUCUGUUGUGGUUUCUCCUGAGAUGGUGAAAAAUAUUUCUGAAAUAUUGAAAAUUUGAUUAGCAUUAACUGUGAGCCAGAAAGAAAUCAGUAGCAAAUAUUUGUAAACACAUAAACAUGGAUGCUGUUGUAUGUUUCAGUGGAAUAUGUGGCUUUCUUAGUCAUUUACAGAUUAUAGGGAAAACAUUAGACAUUCGACGUUUAUCGUAUAAGGUUUUUGUAAGGAUUUAUAUCAAUAAUGGGAGCAGUCCCAUCAUGUUCCUGGUUUUGUUGUGAAUGUUGGAAACCAAAAAGGACUGAAUUUUCAGGGGUUUUUUUGGUGUUUGCAAGCAUUCUGACCAGGUCUACACAGAUUGAAGGGUUGUGCAAACAAAGUGGGAAUCAUUUAACAUUGCUACUUCCAGUGUUUGGCCUCAACAAAACCAAAACAUGCUGUAUGCUUUAUCUACCUUCAUUAUUAUAGCGUAGAAUCAAUAAAAAGCAUAAAUGCAUUAGAGAAUUA